CUUUAUUUAUUAACAUACUGGCUUUGCAUAUGCCAUUGACUGCGGCGCACAUUUUGUUAACGUAGAUUGUCCCCCAAUUUGCGCCCCUUGACGUUUUAUAGUAUUUUCACUAUGUACAGAAUUCUUAAACUAUCCAAUGCCAAAUUUCGAAGAGAUUUGACAUGUUUUCCAUUUCUAUGCCAACCUCCACUGCGGACUAUCAGCAGGACUUCAAAAAAUUAUUCAGAAGAGGGGAACCAAGAUGGCAAUGUUUUACGAAAAAGGUUGAAGGAGACUGCAGACACACUCAUCAUAGGAGGAGGUUGUGUGGGGGUCAGCCUCGCCUAUCACUUGGCUAAGGCGGGUCAGAAGGACGUGGUGCUGCUUGAGAAGACAGAGCUAACCGCUGGGUCAACCUGGCAUGCUGCUGGACUGACCACGUACUAUCACCCAGGCAUCAAUCUGAAGAAAGUUCAUUACGACAGCAUCAAGCUUUAUGAACAGCUGGAGGCGGAGACUGGGCAGGCAGUGGGCUUCCAUCAGCCGGGCAGCAUCAGGAUCGCCUCCAGUGCACUGCGGGUGGAUGAGAUCAAGUACCAGAUGAGCCGCACACACUGGCACCCCUCUCCCCAGUACUACAUCACCCCUGAGAAGAUCCACGAACUCUUCCCCUUGCUGAACAUGAACAAGGUAUUGGCAGGACUGUAUACCACUGGAGAUGGACACAUUGAUCCAUAUUCUCUGACCAUGGCCCUUGCUGCUGGAGCCCGUAUGUAUGGUGCCCAAAUCUACACCCAGGCUCCUGUUGAGGCCCUCACUCCUGUGGCCAGUGGGAAGUGGGAUGUCAAGACCCCUCACGGAACCAUUAGGGCUAACCGAAUUGUUAAUGCCUCAGGUUUGUGCAAACCACCGUGGUUCAACAUUUUUUAUUUAAUUCCCGAUGGGGCUAGAUUCAGGCACUUGGGUGAUUCUGACAUGCUCUGAUAUGUUAGAAAUUUA